UUGCUAUCACCAUGAAAGUCAGGGCAUGGCUUAGAGCCACUGAGAGAUAGUAAGAUGGUUGCACUGGGGAGUAUCUGCCCAGAGAAAACAAUGCGUUUUAAGCUCAUGAAGUUGGAUAAACAGAAGUCUUAUUGUGGGAGAUGUUGGGAGUAAUGGACAUCAGAUGGAAUACAUCAAAAUGAUCAAUAUCUCCACAGGGGCAGAGGAGGAGCAUUAAUGGGAUGCCAACAGAUUCACUUGAGGAUGCCCACAGUCUGUCUCAGGGCAACCCUUGCCUGGCUCUAAAUUGAGGAAGAGCAUCAGAUGUGUCAGAAAAAGUAACUAAAAUGGGUAACGCCAUGCGAGGCCUCAUCGCCUUCAUCCCCUCAGAGCGCUGUCAACGCUUCAUAGUAGGGGACUUGAAGGAAAUGCCUCUGGAUCGGACUCUGGACCUGAGCAGCCGACAGCUGCGUUGGCUGCCUCUAACCGCUUGUGUCUUCGAUGAGCUGGUGAAGCUCUACCUGAGUGACAACAACCUCAGCAGCUUACCUGCUGAGCUGCAGGGCCUGAAGAAGCUGCAGCUCCUGGCCCUGGAUUUUAACCAUUUUGAAGAGCUCCCUGCAGCUGUUUGCAAAUUGACCCAGCUCAGCAUCCUUUACCUGGGUAACAACAGGCUUUACUCCCUCCCCCGAGAGCUGGGAGAGCUCAAGGAUCUGAAUACUCUGUGGCUGGAGAUGAAUUGCUUCACUGUUUUUCCCAACGUGGUCUGUGACCUACCUAAUCUCAAGACCCUGCACCUUGGUUACAACCAGAUCCAGAGUUUACCCAAGGAGCUGGGGAUGCUGGAAGAGCUGCGGAGUAUCUGGCUCGCUGGUAAUCAGCUGACAGAGUUCCCUCAAGUGUUGAUGGACAUGCACUUCCUCGCUGUCAUAGAUGUGGAUCGAAACAGAAUCCACCGCUUCCCAGGCCUGUGUCACAUGCAAGGGUUGAAACUUGUCAUCUAUGACCAUAACCCUUGCGUUAACGCUCCGGCAGUGGGCGAGGGAGUCAGGAGAGUUGGGCGCUGGGCGGACUGUUCAGAUGACGAGCAGGAAGAUGACGGGUCUAAAGCAGCAAGUGACACAACAGCAGAGGUCACAGAAGUUCACCCAGAGGAGGAGGAAAACAUUUAGGGUGAAGGAACAGAGUGACCUUCAGCUGUGGAGAGGCCAGGCAGGACUGGACCGUAUUCAAGUGGGACACUUAAAGUGGAGAGGUGUUUUUAUCAGGCUGGUGGUGGUUGGUCCAUGUGGGGCAAAGUCAGGGAGUCAAGCAUUACUAUAAUACAUAAAGUUGUCCAGAAUGAGGUCGUAUGAAACCUGAAAAGAAAAAAUGUUUUACUUUAUUUGGUUACCUAAACUUUAUAAUUGUUAAUCUCUUGUUUUAAUUUUUUUUUU